GUGAUUAUUACUUACUGGGGGGAAGCAGUAAAUGUGUCAUUGCGGCCCUCCAGCCCUUACUGCCCUCCAGCCCUUACUGCCCGCGGCCCUCCAGCCCUUACUGCCCUCCAGCCCUUACUGCCCGCGGCCCUCCAGCCCUUACUGCCAUCCAGCCCUCCAGCCCUUACUAUCCGCGGCCCUCCAGCCCUUACUAUCCGCGGCCCUCCAGCCCUUACUAUCCGCGGCCCUCCAACCCUUACUAUCCGCGGCUCACUGUGCAGCUUCACUAUUCUUCCCUGUGUUUAGGACUUCCCAGAUGUUUUUUGGCCCAUCACCCUUAUUGUAUACUGAAGACUGCUGGGAGUUGUAGUGCAGUAAACAUUUUCUAAUCAUUUUUGGAUGAUUCGAUACUUGGCUGAAUCCAAAGGCCCUGGGUAUGCCUUUCCUGACGCAGCCUGAAGUGGACGAUGAGCAGUACGUGUUAACCUGCAGCCUGGACAACGCCAGGAACCUGUCCAACAUUCUGAAAGCCAUUCACUUCAAGGAUCACGCGUCCUGCUUUGCUACCAACAAUGGCCUUAAAGUCACGGUGGAAAAUGCUAAAUGUCUGCAGGCCAACGCCUUCAUUCAGGCUGGAAUCUUUCAAGAAUUCAAUAUCCGAGAGGAGUCUGUCGUGUUUCGGAUCAAUCUGACCGUCCUGCUGGAUUGUCUUACGAUAUUUGGUGCUAGCGCUGGGCCAGGCACACCUACGGCUUUAAAGAUGUGUUACCAAGGAUACGGUCACCCCCUUGUCUUGUUUCUAGAAGAAGGUGGGGUGGUGACAGUGUGCAAAAUCCACACACAGGAACCCGAGGAGACUCUGGACUUUGAUUUCUGCAGCACCAACGUCCUUAAUAAAAUUAUCCUCCAAUCAGAAGGACUUAGAGAAGCAUUUGCUGAACUGGACAUGACCAGCGAUUUCCUGCAGAUCAUCAUGUCUCCUGAUAAACCAUAUUUUAGAUUGUCCACAUUUGGCAAUGCCGGAAGCGCACACCUAGACUAUCCUAAAGAUUCGGAUCUGAUAGAAGCUUUCCACUGCACUCAGACUCAGACUAACAGAUAUAAAAUCUCUCUGCUGAAACCUUCCACAAAGGCGCUGGCCCUAUCCUGCAAGGUGUCUAUCAGGACGGACAACCGAGGCUUUCUCUCCCUGCAGUAUAUGAUCCGCAAUGAGGACGGGCAGAUCUGCUUUGUAGAGUAUUACUGCUGCCCAGACGAGGAAGUGAGUGAGGCCGAUGUAUAGACUGAGGCACAGGCAUUGCCAUAGGCUGACGCCCCUCUCACUUUCCCCAUGGAGCCUUCAGAUGGGACUGUACAUUCCUUCACCACAGGGUGCCUAAUGCCAUUUUAUAGAGAGGGUUUUACUGAUCCUUGUCAGGGACCGAGGGCCUCUCUGAUCAGCCCACUGUUCUGAUCCUGCAGGGACUUCUGGAACCUCAGCAGCUCGAACAGCUGUGUCCUGCUCUCCUGCUCCAUCCCAUCCAAUUAUUUACUGCUAAACUACAUGGGAGAUUAUGUAGGAUGGUUUUGGAUUGACAGGUCAAGUCAGAUGUGGUUGCGAGGGUUAAAAAAAAAAUAAUAGCACUGAUAGAAAAAUCUGCUGUGUAAUCUAAAAUCUAAGCCAAAUCUCCCAUGUAUAUAUAGCCCUAAUUCUGCCAGAGUUGCAAAUUGUCUCAGAAUAAAACUCUACGUCAUACUAAAAGUUAACCCAAAGGUGAACAACCCUUUUAAUAAGGUAAUACUUUGCUACAGUCAGCAGUCACAGAGAGUACAAUACAUGGUUCCAUACUAUUCCCCAUGAUUAUCAGCAGUCUGUUACAGCAAACCUUCUCUGGUUCUAUCAUUGUGGCCCUCCUGCUAUUACCUGGGCGACUUGCAUGUAUAUCGAGUAGCUUGCCCGACCCCCGGGCUGUGCCAGAGGCAAGCUGCUUGUCAGUGGGAGCAGGACCAAUGGGAGCAAAGCCUCCCCUUUAUGUAGCACUUCUGCUUCUAUGCAAUGUUCUGUACCAUUUAUCUGCUGAGAAUAAUGUAUUUUGGAAUAAAAUAUUGUAAAAAUA